CCACUGAACCGAUAAUCAGCGUCUCCGUUCUCUGCUUUCCUUAACACUCAUUUCUCCCUUCCCCUCGUGAGGCGCAAAUGGACCAGUCCGCUUGGCUAUAAAAGCGCGAUGCGGCACAUGCUUGCCUUCCAUAGAGGGGAGCGUUUGCGAAAGGAGGUGGAUUAUGUGGGGGGAAUGAAAUUACUGCGCUUACUUUUCUAGGGUUGGGGUGCUUACUGGGGGGGUGAACAAGGAGCAGAAAAGCACCUUAGUGGUUGUAAAAUAACAAGGAACAAGAGAAAGCGCUCCGCUUUCUUUUCUCCCUCGUUUUUCGGUGGAGCUAAGCGCUGUAAGAAGCAGGGAGGAGAAGAAUACUGGACUGGUUUUUCCCUUCCACCGGCAGGGACGGAAGUCGUUGCUGAAGCCGGCCAAACUCUGUAUAAAUCACAGGGCUCAGGCUUCUAACCCCAACCCGGCUUUAGAUUGGUGUGCGAUCAGGGGUUUCUCCCCGAUUGGAGAGUACAACCAGUUUGAGCUACAGGAAAGGGACGGUUGCUGUGCCUGCCUUGUCUCUUAAAAAAAAAAAAAAAAAAAACCGCCUUCUGCCCCUUCCACCCCCAGUUGUACAUAUAAUUUUUUUUUUGAAAAGCUAGUCAAACUCACAUCCCGGUCCCCGGCUGCCCUCUUCUACCCAGUGCUCCGCUGGGAAGGGAUGGUUUGUCCUGCUCAUUCUGUCCCUGAAACGCCCGUGUCUUCUUCCUGAACAAGUAGCAUGAGCAUGGCAAACGAAACAUACCUCUUCAUAAAAGACAUAAAGCCCGGACUGAAAAAUGUAAAUGUCGUCUUUAUUGUACUGGAGAUAGGGCGUGUUACCAAAACCAAAGAUGGACAUGAGGUCAGGGCGUGCAAAGUAGCUGACAAGACAGGAAGCAUCACCAUCUCUGUGUGGGAUGAGCUUGGCAGCCUCAUCCAGCCAGGUGAUAUUAUUCGGUUGACCAAAGGGUAUGCCUCUCUGUGGAAAGGAUGCCUUACACUUUAUACCGGAAGGGGAGGUGACCUGCAAAAAAUUGGGGAGUUCUGCAUGGUGUACUCAGAAGUGCCCAACUUUAGUGAACCCAGUUCAGAUCAUCCUGGGCAGUCGAGUAAAGCGGGUGAGCAGACUAAUAAUUCCAUCCUGUCAGCUAAUUCGGGUAAUUGUACUUUUGGGCCAACUGGAAAUGGUUUGCCAACUGGACCGGAGCUGUCAACUGCUUACAAUCAUGCCCCCCCCACCUAUGCAGGUUCUGGGAGGUCUGGCGGACGGGGUCCCGCUCCUCUCACGCCUGUGCACUCUAAUAAUGCUCGUCCCUUACAAAGCACAAUUAGUAAUGGGAGGGACCCUCGCAGAGCCUCCAAAAGAUGACCAAAACCAAUACUCCACGCUGUCCACAUAGCCUCGUUAGCCUACUUGAACACUUGCUGCACUUUUAUUUAUAGUUUACUGUGAAAACGUGUCUUCUUUCUGAUUCUCAGCCUUCUGUUGCCGGGGGAGGGGAGGGACUUUCUCACUUCUCUGCCUCCCCCAUUCAAAGUUCAGUGAAGCUGCUUGACCAUGCAUCAUCACCCCAGAAAGAAAAUGUGUGAAAAUAUAGAAGCUUAUUUGAAAAUAGAUUUCCUUGUUAAAUAAUAAGUUGCCGUUUUCCAAAAGGUGGCCCAGUUUUGGCUGGAUGAGUAUUUUUUUUUAUUUUUGGUUUAGCUUGUAUGAUGCAGCCUUAAGGUGUUUGCUUGUUUCCUUUCUGCUCCUGGGACUGACAUGCAUCCCAGUUGGUGUGGGAGCUUGUAAAAAUUGGGGUGGGGGUGGGGGGAGAUGGGUAGGAAGAAGUUCCAUCUAACAAGCCAAUUCUCAAUUAAAAAUUUUUUAACAAUAAGUGCAGAUGAACUGUCCAAGCUGGUUGACUUGUUAUUUGGUUGGGGUUGAUCUCAAAGCAAGAGUCAGAUGUGUCUUAUCAAAAAAUGUACGCUGAUAAGAAUCCAACUUACAUAAAAUAGAAAUCCUAGAUGUAUUUACCAGAUAAUCCCGCCUUUCAAAAAUGCACAAAACUUUAAAUUCCUCAAACACACAACUCUGUUUUUUUUUUAAUCACCCUUUUUGGCGAUUGAAGCUUUUUCAUACUCAAAGGAGGGUAUUUUGUCCUUUAGGGCUUUUCUUGGUGUCCAAAUUCCCAGCUGGUGUGGAAUCUCCUGGAAAAAUCAGUUGAUUCUGCAGAUUGCUGCUUUAUGAGCCCCACUGAUUCCAAGUGGCAAGCAGUGGUUUCAAGAUGGUUUAUGUGCAGGGAAGAGAAAAAAGAUAAUAAAGAUAAUAAAAAAGAUAAUAAAAGCAGUUAUGGUGCUAAGGCUCCACCCUUUUUGUAGGUGAAUUGUGAUGGAUGCAGCAUAUAUGAAAGGGAGAGGGCUACAGUCGCAGUGGCGUGAUGCUGCUUUCAUCUUUUCCACAAAAGGGGGACACCACUGAAAUCAUGAGCCUCCUAAGCAGCGUAAAUCUCCUCAGGUGGCUGAAGUGGAAAGCUACACACAACACACAAAAAAAGUGGAUGUGAUCAAUAAUAACAUUCCCUUUUUGUGAGAGCCCUCAGUUCUUAAGUGCCUGUUACACCAAUGCUUUUGCAGUUCUUGUGGGAUUUUUUUUUAAUUUAUUUUUUAAUUUUUUGGGGGGGGAAAAGAAUCUUGACUGACCAAUUCAAGUUUUCAGGUUGCUGAGUCUGAGAAAGCAGAAUAACACUGGCAUUAAUCCUAACUUUUAUAGUUUUUAAAAAACCUGCUUUGUAAUUAUUUCUGGUAGCUAUAAAAGUAUCCAGUCUUCCUCAAGAUUAUGAUUUGGAAUAUAUUGAAAUGCUAUAAGAUGACUGGAUUUCCCACCCAUCCCCUUUACCUUUUGGAUGAAGACUUCAUAAUUAGAUUUGCACUAACUGUAUUUUAAGAAAAAAAAAUAUAAACCUUGGUUUUUGUUUUUUAAAAACUUCUGUUUAGCCAGAUUUACAUGGACAUAAAUAUAAUUUCUAAAUAUAGAGGAUGAAGGUAUAUACUAAUCUUUAUAACAAAUUUUGGAAGAGUUUUUUAAGCACUUCCUACUGUCCUUUUUCUAAAAUGGUGUAUGUCCUGUUAAAUAACAGUAGAUGCUUAUUGAAAGCUUUAGUAAUAUAUGAACUGAUUGGAAGGAAACAUGAAAGAUCUGUUUGAAACAUCCCAGCAUACAGGUAAUACUAUUUUAUGUAAUUUUGGAUCUUGCAUCUUGAAAUAAGGGGGGAGGGAAAUACCUCUGACGCUAUGCAGUGUCUUAAGAAUCUGGUAUGUUUCCUGAAUAAAAUUAGUACCUGCAGAUUUUCAAUCUCUUCACACCUUGUACAGUCAUGUCUUAAUAUUUUGAUAAGGGAAGGCAUUGUGGAAAACAGUUCUUCCAAUAGCUGCAAAAUAGAAGAAAUUGGAUAGGCUUGCUGUUCGUAGUUGGAAAGUAGCUCCCUAAUCUUAUACAACGAUGGCAUUCUCCCUUUAAAAACCAAGAUUUGACCACUAGUGUUGGUCCCUGUGAGGUAAAAGUAAAGCUGAUCCUGACUAUUUCUGCUGGGUUCUCAAAUCUUAGUGCAUUUGGCUGACAACUAUUUUUAGGUAUUGAUUUGCAUAACUGUUAACUGAUUUAACCAAGAUUGGCUGAUGCAACACAUUAAAGCAAAUUGAACACAUGGUUUAGACAGUUUAUGAGCUCUAUAUGAUGGCUAACCUAGCUGCAUUCUAGUAUGGUGAGAAAUUAGAGAAUCAAGCAUAAUCUAUUGGUUUCCACUUAAAGUGCUCUUAAUUCUAAAGUAAUCCUACCUUAAAAGUAGUUAAACAUCACCAUCUUUAUACUGGCAGGUUCUAAUCAAACAAAAAUAGCCUCAGCUAAAGAUGUUGGAUAAACAGUUACGUGUGAAUGUUUAGAGAUGUUUUUAUGUGACUUGAGCAGUGGGUGGUCAUUCUAUAAGUAUAAACACUCUUUGAUAUUGUAGGCAUAGGACUUGAUUUGCGGGUGGGUGAGAGUAUGAUCCCUUUUAUUAAUCCUGUUUUGGAAUUUAUUGGGUUUUUUUUCCCCUAUGUUUAUUUCAAAAUAGCUGAAGAUCACCACCAGUCUUUAACAAUCAUAAUCGGAAUGUUUCAGAAAGGAGAUGGAGGACUACAUGUUACCCACUGUACAUGAAGGUCUUUUCAGUCCUACUGAUUUUACUGCUAUAAAAGAAGUGAGCAAUUAGCUGUGAACUGCUUGUUCUCUUUCUCCAGCCUAUGUCCAUCCUCUCCACUCAUCAUCUCUGCAAUAAUUACCUAUUUCUCUUAACAAAAUAGAGGGUGGCCCAUCAUUACUCUGAAUGACUAAGGUUGAGAUCAUCUGGAAGUAAUGUCAAUUAUUAAAUGACAUUUUCUUGCCUCAAAUGCAUUUACACUAACUGCUGCAAAAAAUGGGAUGGCCAAAGUGAUACAAAAAUAGUGAUAUUCAAGCAUCUUUGCAAAUGCUAUAAGGACUGGAUCCCUUAGCUCUUGGACAUUCUCAUAAAUCUGGGAAGUCUUGGAGCUGUGGAACAAUUUAUGCUGGUAAAAAUUCUAGAGCAAAAUUUGAUAAUUAUAUGCCUAUGAAAGUGCCUAAGUAAAAACGGAUCUUGUUUUUUGUUGUUUAAGCAUCACCUAGUAUUGGCAUUGGUUAUUUAAGCAUUAAAAUUGGUUGUAGUAUGAAUGUGUCAUAGUGGCUGGCAUUGGCUGAUCUUAAAAGGUGAAUGGAACUUAGUUCUUUGGGGCCAUCGGAAAUAUUGAGGGUGGUAGACUAGAUUGAGAAGCUAAAGAUCUGGAAGAAAGCAUUGACGCAUAAUGUAAGUAUUGGGACCAAAACCCAUUAAUUUAGUCCACUUGCUUGUGGGUGGGUCAAGCUUUGCACAGCAAUCUUCAUCUUUUGCUGUGAAGACCAAUGUAAUUGUGAAUGGCUGGUGUUUCCUCAGUGCAGCAGUGAGAACGGUUUAAUUUGUGCAGCUGAAAUCAACACAAGAAGGUUGUCAGGCGCUCUUUAUGAAGGGUAAUGUUGCAUGAGAUCUUCAGUAUGUCACUAAGCAGGCCUAUUAUGUGGGCUUUCCUCCAAUGAUACUUGGAAUUAAGUCAAUAUAAUCUCAUUAAUAUGGCCAUGGAGCAGCCUGUAUGUUUUGGAAAUGUAGAUCCAAGGAUAUGAAAAUUCUGAAAUUAAGUUUAUUCACAUGAAAAUUGAUUUCUGGCCUUUAAAACUUUAAAAGAGUCAGGAAUUCUGAAUAUUAGGCAAAAAUAAUGCCAAGGUAAAUGUGGACAUUACAGUAUUGGUGAUCUAAAUGCUCCCUCUAGUGGUGGUAACUUGCAUGCAGCUGCUAUACUAUUAAUAGAAUUGUUCCACUCUUGCAAGACUAAUAAAAACAAUUCAGCUGGUAGUAUUUCCCAUCAUUCCUUUUUCCCUUGGGAAAAAAACCCCUAAUUUUCCAUGCUAGAUUUUUUUCAUCAGUUACUACUCAACUGGAAAUGAGAUUGGAGUAGGAGUGAAUGAACUGUUUUUAAAGGUUAAGGAGUGGUAGAGAAGAAUUAAGAGCCAUUAUAAUUCUUUUUAACUUUUGGGAAAAUUUGUCAUUCCUUUUACUUUACUGAUUUGCAAAAUAAUAUAAUUUGAGUUAGUCCGGCUGAAUGUGGAAAAGGAAAGUCUAGAUUUUGCUGG